CAUAAUUUCCAACAUGUCAGACGAGCGAGACGAAGGAAAGUGGAGAUUUUAUUUUUAAUAAGUAUAACUUUAGGUUUAGGAUAAUCGUUGUGAAUUUAUUAAUAUAUGGGACAAUAAAGCAAUAGUGGAAUUGUUAAUUGUUUGUGUUAUAACUUAUGUUGCUACGCUCAAUUUGGGUUGGUCCGUUACCACCACAGAAACAAUUUUUGUUGUUAUUUAUUGUUUCGAUUUCAAGUUUUAACAAAGCUGAAAGUUAUGGUGUAAUUAACGUACGUUCAUACGUGUAAAAUGUGUAAAGAUUAGAGUUUAUUGUAAUGUAAAUAAAAAAUAUUUAGUGAUCGCGCGCAUGCGAUUCUGUCAAAAACAGACAAAGGUUUUGUGUGAUGUGAAAAUCAGCUGUAUGUGCGAUGACUUCGUGAUACCAAAAGUGUGUGUUCUAAAUCCACAAUGUUCAGUGAAAUUGGAUACAUUACGUUCCUGCUACUUGCCCUGCCGUACAUCGAAAGUGCAUCUCGGCGGCGGCUCAGCGAGUACGUGGAACACUACGAGCCGCUGGACUACGACGCGGGCGCGGUGCAUGCACAGCACGUGCGCGUGCGCCGUUCACUCGACGCACCACCGGACCUGCGGCUCGACUUCCGCGCACACGGCCGCACCUUCCGCCUGCGUCUGCGCCGAGACCUCUCCGCGUUCACCGACGAUUUCAAGGUUGAAGGUUCGAAUGGGGAGCACCAUGAAGUGGACACGUCACACAUCUACCACGGCGAGCUGGCCGACGAGCCACAGUCAACAGUGUUCGGCUCGGUGACGGACGGCGUGUUCGAAGGCAAGAUUCUGGUGAAAGACGGUGCGUUCUACGUGGAGCACGCGCGGCGGUACUUCCCGCCCAACGGCACACGUUCCAAGGUGCACUCUGUAAUCUACCGCGAGGGAGACGUCGGAGACCCGUACGCACAUCGUCGACAUGGUCACGUGGGAGGUUGCGGCAUCACAGACGAGGUGGUGCAGUGGAUGGAGCGCAUCCAGAACUCAGGCGUGGAGGAGGACGCCACGUCGCCAGCGCCGACCGCGCCGACCCCGCCGGCGGCGCCGCACGGCCACCAUGCCUCGCCGCCGCCGCACCCCAACAGCUUGAGGGACGAUCCGCCACGAUACUGGGAGCACCAUAACAAGUACUCGCGCGCGGCGAACACCGGCGAACAUUCGCGGUCGCGGCGCUCGCCCAUAGACAACCGCAACACCUGCUCGCUCUACAUACAGACGGACCCGCUCAUAUGGCGGCACGUUCGAGAGGGAUUCCCUGAUCACCGAGACCCAAGCAAAAAGGCGGAGGUGGACAUGAAGACGAGGGAGGAGAUCCUCUCGCUCAUCUCGCACCACGUGACGGCUGUCAACUACAUCUACAGGGACACCAAGUUCGACGGCCGCAUGGAGCACCGGAACAUCAAGUUUGAAGUCCAGAGGAUUAAGAUCGACGACGACUCGAUGUGCAACACGCACCACUUCGCGAGCGAGACGAACCAGUUCUGCCUGGAGAACAUAGACGUGUCCAACUUCCUGAACCUGCACUCGCUCGGCAACCACGAGGACUUCUGUCUCGCCUACGUGUUCACAUACAGGGACUUCACUGGCGGCACUUUGGGUCUAGCAUGGGUGGCGAGCGCAAGCGGCGCAUCUGGCGGCAUAUGCGAGAAGUUCAAGACGUACACGGAGACCAUCGGUGGCAUGUACCAGAGCACCAAGCGCUCGCUCAACACCGGCAUCAUCACUUUCGUCAACUACAACAGCCGGGUGCCGCCUAAAGUCAGCCAGCUCACCCUCGCUCAUGAGAUCGGACACAACUUCGGCUCGCCGCACGACUACCCAUCGGAAUGCCGGCCGGGUGGUCAGAAGGGCAACUUCAUAAUGUUCGCCUCCGCCACGUCCGGGGACCGCCCUAACAACAGCAAGUUCAGCGCGUGUAGUGUGGGGAACAUUAGCGCUGUGCUGGACGCUGUGAGAGAUGGGAGGAAGAGGAACUGUCUCACUGCCAGCGCCGGCGCCUUCUGCGGGAACAAGAUUGUUGAGGUCGGCGAAGAGUGUGACUGCGGUUACGACGAGAACGAAUGCAAGGACCACUGUUGCUACCCGCGGCAAGUGAGCGCAUACGACCGCGAGCAGAACAGCACUGCCAAGGGAUGCCAUAGGAAAGCCAACACUCAAUGCAGUCCGUCGCAAGGCCCGUGUUGCCACGCGCGCACGUGUCAGUUCGUGUCGGAGUUCCGUAACCAGACGUGUCGCGAGGCCACCGAGUGCAGCCACGCCUCCUUCUGCUCCGGCCGCUCCGCUGAGUGCCCCGAGCCGCAGCACAUGUCCAACCUCACCAAAUGCAAUAAUGGCACGCAACUGUGCAUCAGCGGCGAGUGCCGCGGCUCGAUGUGCCUGGCGUGGCACAUGAAGGAGUGCUUCCUGUCGUCGUCGCAGCAGGUGGGCGAGGGCGUGACGGCCGUGGUGGACCGGCGCGCGCUGUGCCAGCUGGCGUGCCAGGUGGGCCCCGAGCCCGGCUCGUGCCAGAGCACGGCCGAGUUCGCGCACAAGUACGGCCUGCCCGCCGGCGGCAUCGCGCUGCGGCCCGGCUCGCCCUGCGACAACUUCCAGGGCUACUGCGACGUGUUUCUCAAGUGCCGCGCGGUGGACGCGGAAGGCCCGCUAGUCCGCCUCAAGAACCUACUCCUCAACCAAGCGACGCUCCGGACCGUACAAGCCUGGGUCACAGAGCACUGGUGGGCGGUGCUAUUAGCCGGAGUAGCACUUGUGGUGCUCAUGGGUGCUUUCGUCAAGUGCUGUGCCGUGCACACGCCAUCCUCCAACCCUAAGCGGCCGCCGGCGAGGCGGCUGUCGGAGACGCUCCGGCGGCCCAUGAACACGCUGCGGCGCAUGCGCGCGCCGCACGCCGCCGCGCCGCGCCCCGGCCACCGGCGCGCGCGCCACCACAAGGGCUACGCGCCGCCGCUGGCCUACGCCGCCCGCGAGCCCGCGUCGGCGCCGCCGGGCCCCAGCUCGCGGCGCGCCGAGCCGUACGCCAACGCGUACCCGCAGUCGUACGAGCUGCGGCCCGCGCAGAAGGUCUGACAGUACGACUACGGCGGCGCGGCCGAGCCGGCGCAGCUGGAGCUCGUGGCGCUGGCCCCCGGCGUGCCCCUGCUGCUCGGGUACGUGUACCGUGCGCCGCUAGCCGGGAACACGUCGGCGAACGGCGCGGGGCCCACGGGGUCCCCGGCGGGGGCCCCUGCGGGGGCCGCGGCCGUGGACCCCGCGGGGGCCAAGGUGACGGUGGGCUCGCAGACCACCAUCACCCUGCACUCGCCCGACGCGCUCACCGUCACGCACCCGCAGCGACACCCGCACGCGCACAUCUAGGGGACGACACCACACACGCGCAACUACGAUUGACCGCCUGCUACGAACGACUAGAUAGAGCGACAAGGACCUUUUGACGCUUCGCCAUAAUUGAAACUAACGCCUAUCCUAUGAAAACGUCAUUUUUGACAGUGUUAUAAAUUGAGAAUGUAUGGAGAUGGUGCACACUAGCGCCCUCUUGUCAAAGUCAUCCAGUACCACGAUAUCCUUGUCGUACUAUACACGGAAUGUAUAUUUUUCUAGUUUUUACCUACUCGAUGAAUUGCGACCUUAAAACUUAUGUACAUAACGUCUCGUGUAUCUUGAGACGCUCAACGCUCUUAGUACCUAUUGUUGUGUUACACCUGACGUAACGUCUAUAGCAUUUCAGUCAACUCAACUAUAUGAGAUAUUCUGAUCCAUUUUGUGAUUAUGAAAAUAUCGGUAUCAUUAUAAUUGUAUUCGCUAGACUCGGGUUAGACUAGUAAAAAGAGAACGAAUAUGGCUUUAUAAAAAUGCUCGAUGUUGUACGCUUGAACUACUGGUAAAUAAUAUAAUAUAUUUUCAACAAACAGCACUGCCCUGCUCGUGCGAUGUUAUGUACGGAAUUAUGCGAGCCGCCCCAAUUGUGUAAGCAAUAAACUGAUAUUAUUUUUAUGUAAAUAUGUUAAGUAUAGAAAUAUAACAAAAUAGCCCGAGUCGUUGUUGUGUAUA